AUGCACACUUUGACACUCCUCACCUUUGCCGUUUUAUUGGGCAACACUCUGACCAUGGCAGGAAAAGUGCUAGUUCGCGUCGAUUCCCGCGACCCUGACGUGAUACAGCGAUGCAAUGGCUUCAAAAUACACUGUCCGCAAGUAUUGCCAGAAAAUUUCGAGCCUUUACAUUACAUGGAAAACAAUCUCCUAGACAGGUGGGGAGCAACGUGGAAAGACAAGGCGCACGCGACGGAAUACAUAAACAGGUAUGCCCCCAAGGGCCGUGCUUGGAUUUAUUGGCUCGAGGUGAAGGCCGAGGACGUCCCCGAAGAAAUCACCCACAACAACCAACCAGACAUAUCUAGAUACCCCUUUAGCAAGGUCACCGAGUGGGUACAUUCAAGUUACCAUGGUAUAUUUAGGGUCCCGAACCCGGAGUACAGGGCGGGAUUAUGGGCAUCGAUACGCAAAAAUGUAAAGGGCGGUCGGUGA